AUGUACGCGCCCCAAGUUCACCGACCAGUCGACCCCCGCGCAUACCCGACACACCAUGCAUAUCCAACACAACCUGCUCAACCAGCCUACUACGCUGCACAGCAGCCCGCACCAGUCCCCGCAUACUCGUACGCUGCGCAAUCUCAGCAGCACUACGCCCAGCCGUCAUAUGCCUCGGCCAAUCCCACACCAACCUCGGCUGCGUCCAACCAGUCAUACCCGUCCUACCCGGCUCCAGCUGCUGCGCCUCCAGGUGUCGAUCCACAACGCUGGCAGCAGGGCAAGUGGAGAUAUACAGGCGCAGGGCCGGCCAAGGCGGCUGCCGCUCCACCUCAGGACGUAGGCUACAACGUCGCGUCCAGCUGGGGUGUCCCCCAGCACUAUUAUCCAUCGAACAAGGUGCACAAGCCCAAGGACCCAUCCUACUGGGCCACCGCAAUUUCCGAUAAUGGCCUCAAGCUCGAGAACAUGGACAAUCCCGCGAAAUCCUCCCCAUUCGACGGACCGCGGGAAACCGGAGCGACACGCGCGCACAAACCUCCGCCUCCGACACCUUGGGUCUGGGAACCUGCUCUGCCCGGCGAAGAUGACGGGCGUCAAGCGUCUUCUUCGUCUUCGAGGUCUGCCGAUCGUGCACAAGCCCUUGCACAGCAUCGCGAAGCCUUUCACGCCCAGAAGGCCGCAGGCGCUUCAUCAUCUCAAUCAAAGGCGAGGGAGGAGACGAUCUUGCCAGUUGAGGACCCCGCAUCGCGCCGCGCUCGGGAGAACGCGGCGCGGAUGGCACCAGGCGGCGCUGGUACAUCAGCAUCAGCACAGGCUGCCGCACAGCAGACAGAUGUAUCGCGGUCAGCGCAGACGAACGGCUAUUCAAGCGCAUCUAGGCCUUCGGCGCACAACUCCGCGUCCGGCCAAGCCGCGGCGUCUACCCGCCCCGCGGACGCCUCGAGGCCGAAUGGCAGCACUUCUCAAUCUCAGCAAUUGCAUGCCCGCGAUAUGCAGCGCUCACACACGUUGCCGGCCCCCGUAGCGUCGCGACCCGGAGAGCGCGAGUCGAAGGAACAGGCCGAAGCGCGCGAGCUACGCACGACGUUUUCGCCUGGUAUCGUGCGCACUCCUGCGGAUUACCCCCGUCGGAAGGGCGAGGGUGGUGACACACCGCGCGCAUCGGCGUCGGCUGGGUUGAGCACGAGCAGUAAUCGCGCUGUGGGACGAUCGCAGACUAUGCCGGAUGUUGCAGCACAGCCCGUCGCGCAUGCGAGCUCGGCGCAGCCACAACGCGUCGGGCAGCAUAGUUCGAUGCCCACCGCACAGAGUCAGAGCAAUACGCGCCCGCUCGGUCAGCACAGCUCGAUGCCCGCCGCAGGGCCAGCCGAACGCGCGCCGAUGCGACGCUUCACGGUCGACUCGGGCUCAGACUCGACUGAGAGAGCACAUGCCACGAAGCCGAAGAUCGGCACUGCGUUCACCAAGUUGCAACACUUUGCCGAUGAGCCUGGCGCCGCGGGCAUGCUCAGUCCACUGCUCGACUCGAACCCAUCAUUAUUCUCCAGUAGCUCCUCAAGCUCGGGGAGCUCAACAGUCAGUGCCGGAAGCACCGUCCGAGACGAACCGCAAUCAGCAUCUUCAUCUGCGGCUCCAAGUCGACGACCGAGCGUCGACUAUGCUGACGCCAGUCAUGCGGGAGCCAGGACACCACACAGGAACACCACUAAUGGUGUCGUAGCCAUGAACGGCAUGGACGGGCGUCGGCCCAGUGUGGACAGAGAACAUCCAGCCGUCAGCAGGGAACCGAGUGGCAGCCGCGCUGUUAGCCGCGAGCCGAGCAUGCAGCCUACAGAUCGCAGGCGGGAGCCUAGCGCUCAGCCUCUGGACCGAAGGCGCGAGCCCAGUGUGCAGCCCACUGGACGCGGGAGUCACGGUCGCGAUCAGGAGACACAGAGGCAGCCCAGCUUCGGGGAUCCGUACCGUCGUGACCAGGCUCAUGCGGCUCAAGCUCAAGCUCAGGUGGCUCAGGUUCAGACUCAGGCUUCUCAGUCCCGCGAGCAGGAAAGGGAGAGUGAUCGGGAGGACGGGUAUCACACGGAGCGGAAUCGUAUACGGCCGAGCCCGAGAGAGAGGGAGCGCGAGAAGGAGCGCGAUCGGGAACGAGAGCAGCGGGAAAGUGAUCGCGAGCGAAGUUACCGUGAACGCAGUGAACGCGAACGCGGUCGGUAUGGCGAUCGUGAGCGCGACCGUUCACGUGCACGCGAGAGUGGAGGAAGGCGUGCGAGCUCGAGACAACCGACGAGUCCUACGAACGGUUACUACACGUCACCCAAUAGCGUCGAGCGCUCAAAGUCGGGGGACAGUGGCUUCGUCCCCAGCCCUAUAUCGCAGUCAGUAUCACACCAGAGCACACCUAACUCCUCGCGCUAUGGUACGCCUGCGUCGGCUCGUCAACGCACACCAUCAUCUACGCGCGGAUCAAACCCGCCUAGUCUCCAACCAUCGCCAAAUCGACCAACCUUCCCGUCAGUACCGUAUGCCCCGGCUCAACAGCAACAACAGGCGACAACGAAUCAUACACCUCCUCAGGCGUACCAUCCGGGACAGGUUCAGCAGUCAUCCCAGAGUCAUACUCGAAGCGCGUCGCACCAGGUUCCUGCCCAGACUGUACCGGCGGUCUCUCAACCCCAGUCGCAUCAUCGCUCGGCCUCUCAGCAGCCCCAGUACUCCCAGACGUCGGCGCAGUACGCACAAGCGCAGCCUCAGUACCAAAGCGCCUCGACCCAUGCUCAGCAGUAUAGCUCGGCUCGCGCGAAGACUCCAUCGCCUCAAGUUUAUGCGAAUACUACUCCGGCGAAAGCUACUCCGCCCACUCAGGCUUAUUCGUAUCCUACACCUGCGGCUACUCCAGCUGGGACACCAGGCGCUACUCAGCCUACGAGUUCUGCAUCCGCACAGGCGAGCGCAGCCGCGGCGACAUAUCAAGACCCGCGCUACGGCCAUAGUACCCAACCGAACGGCUACUCAACGCAUUCGCGCUCGCACUCCGGUAAUCCAGCAGUGCCGGCCACGACGCAGCCUGUCUCGUCUGCCAGCGCCGCCGCCGCCGCUCACCAGCAGUCGCGUCAUCGUCAGACAUCCGGCGAGAUGGCCGCGGCAUCGACGACCAAAUACUCGACGCCGACACGUAACACCGCGACCGCGGCUGCGACAAACCACUAUCACACCAACGCCACACCAACGCCGCAACAGGCCCAGCGCUCUAACUCGGGUGGCCAGACGGCCGCGCAUACUGCUCAGUACUCGGCUACACCCACACCGUACCGUCCGUCCGCAGCCCAGACUUCGUCGAGAAGCGCCGCUCCGCGUGUUCGUCGUGGAUAUUGGAACCGUCGUGGCGAUUAUUUGACGCCUGAGGGGUACAUUGUUCGCGCGCCGUACGGCCGCCAGUACCCGUCUGAGCUCGAUCGCUAUCCCGAUGGCGACCGCCACUUCCGCAAUCACCAUGGCAAAGAGGCCAAGGACCCGCGCUAUCAGGAGCUUGCCAACGGCAGCGCUCAGUACGACCAAUACAUCCAGUAUUAUUCAUAG